AUGCUACGGGCAGAAUUGGUGGACGGGCCCCAGAGGAUGGUACCAUACUCAAGGAUGGAACGAACUAAGGAACAGAAAAGGGUUUUUAGUGGUGUGAGCAAAAGAAAGUCUGUAGAGACACGGUUUAUGAAACCUAACAGAGCAGCCUCAGUAGAACAAAUCGUGUCGUUGCAGAAGCAACUCGUAAGUCUGUUAGGUCAAGGUGGAUUUGAGCUAAAAAAGUGGGCAAGCAAUUGUCCACAAGUUCUCCAAGAUAUACCAAAGGACGAUCAAGUUGUGGAUCUAUCGUUUGACCCAAAGGACGAUUGUUCAAUCAAAAUUCUGGGGCUACAUUGGGAUCCGGCGAUUGACAUGUUCAGUUAUCAUAAUGACCCAUGCGGCUCGCGACCAACAAAACGUUUAGUGUUAUCCGCAAUAGCCAAAAUGUAUGACCCACUCGGAGCCUCAGCACCCAUUACCUUUUGGGCUAAGUGCUUCAUGCAACUUUUAUGGAGAAAGGGAUAUGACUGUGACCAAUCAAUCCCCGACGACUUGGCUGUCUCGUGGAAUUCAUUCUCUACACAGUUGCCUUCGGUUUCACGAGUUAAACUCAGGAGACAUAUUCCUAUUGAGCAGUGUACUGAAGCUCAACUAAUAGGUUUUUCCGAUGCAUCCAAAAGGGGCUAUUCUGCGGUCGUGUACCUGCGAUUGUCAUAUGGGGCAGGAUCCGGCACUGUACAUUUACUUACAGCAAGAUCGAAGGUUGCGCCGUUAAAGAACAGUCGAUUGGACGAAUCGCUUUCGGUUCCAAGGCUGGAAUUAUGCGGGGCAUUACUAUUAGCUCAAACACUACGUCGUGUACAUUCGAAUCUAUCGUCAAUCAUCCACAUAUCGUCCAUUCAUGCAUGGACAGACUCGACAGUGGUAUUGUCCUGGCUGACAACUCAACAAGUUACAUUCAAAUGGCGAUAUGUACCAUCAUUGCAAAACCCAGCUGAUUGCGUGUCCCGUGGCUUACUCCCUGACGAGGCGUUGAAACACAAUCUAUACUGGGGUGGUCCAUCUUUCUUACAACAGUCACCUGGAAGUUGGACGUCAUCACAAUUUGAAAAAAUUCCAGUCACGGAAUUACCCGAACAGAAAACAGUUGCAGAGACCCUUCACGUGAGUGUUACUCCGACAACGGAGAACGAUUGGCUUGACAAAUUCUCAUCAUUAACUCGUUUGAAGAGAGUAAUUGUUUAUAUUCGACGUUUCAUAGUCAAAGCUCGUCACAAGUUACAACAACGAAAUCCCACGCAUCGAUGUGACGAACAUCCACCAAUGCUUACAGGAUUCCUUGGACAUGAGGAACUUCGUGAGGCUCAAAAGACUCUAGUCCAAAUAACGCAACACAACCACAUUCCACACUUAUUUUAUCUUAUGCCGUCUUCUUCAUCUUCUAUUAAACCUCGGUCGAUAGCUGCUCUCACCCCGUUCAUCGACGGAUCUGGAACCAUACGCGUGGGUGGACAAUUGCGCCGUUCAAGUGCACCGGAUAAUUUUAAAUACCCAAUGUUAAUACCAAAGACAAGCGCGCUGGCGUCACUAUUGAUUCGACACUAUCAUGUAACCUACAUGCACGCUGGGCCCCAGCUCGUGGCGUCUUUGUUAUCCACUCAAUUUUGGAUUGUGUCAGGUCGAUCAGUUAUCCGUCAUGUUAUUUACAAAUGUGUUACUUGUACCAGACACCGAGCAUCAAUGAUCAAAACUUUGAUGGGGGACCUUCCAUCCCCGCGAGUGUGCCCAUCUAGGCCCUUCUCCAACGUCGGUGUAGAUUAUGCAGGACCGUUAUUGGUCAAAGAAAGUAAGCUUUGGAACGCACGAUCUACAAAAUGUUAUGUGGCGAUCUUUAUUUGCAUGGCGGUAAAAGCGGUUCACAUCGAAGUGGUCUCUGAUCUCACAACUCCAGCAUUCCUUGCGUCAUUACAACGUUUUGUGGCACGUCGAGGAAUACAGUCAGAAAUAUAUUCAGACUGUGGUACUAACUUCCAAGGUGCUGCGUCUGAACUGCGUCGGUUGUGGUCAGAUCCUGUAGCACAAAACACCUUUUCCAAUGCCAUUCCAUGUCGGUGGCACUUCAACCCACCAGCUGCUCCCCACUUCGGGGGAUUGUGGGAGGCAGCUGUUAGGUCCAUGAAACACCAUCUGAAGCGAGUAAUUGGCACCCAAGUGUUAACGUUCGAAGAAAUGUGCACCAUAACUCACCGAAUAGAAGCUAUACUGAACUCGCGACCAAUCACACCUUUUUCGUCUGAUCCGAACGAUUUACAAGCGUUAACACCCGGUCACUUUCUCAUAGGUGCGCCCCUCGUCGCGCUGCCUGAUUCCGACGUGACGCAAAUUCCGAUUAACCGUCUCCGCCGAUGGCAGCUGUUGGAUCAAUUCCAUCAAUCGUUGUGGAAAUGCUGA